GCGAGGGCGGAGCGGCUGUCAAAACAACCUGUGGGCUUCCUCCGGGUUGUUUGAACACUUUUGAAGGCAGCGGCACCGACUCGUUUAGUCCCUUAAGAAGCUACUAGUCCAAUUAACUCGCAGGGGGGGAGGGAAUCCACGCAGCUAAACUCUCCGCUCCCGGAGACUCGGCGAUGAGUAUGAGCCCUACCGAGGUGCAUGAUGACGACCUGAACCGACUGCCCGCCAUCAGCAGCAACCGAGUUGGACCGCGAGCGGCGCUCACAUACUGAGAUGAUGGUGGCGUACUUCCAACCACAGCUGGUAUAAACUUGGGUUGUUUUUUUUUUUUUGGCUCGCACGGUAAGCCCGUUUAAGCUCCAACAGAGGCGCUACCGACGGGUCGGAAGUUUUUUUUUGUUUUUUGUUUUUUUUUUUACCACCGGGACGGUUCGUGAAAGUGGUCGGUUAAACAUGGAGACGUUCACCAACGUGCUGCUCGUCACCGCAAACGUCGGCUCGCUCUUCAACAAUGUGGAUGAAAUCCAAAGUGGAUGGUUAGAAGAACUGUAUAAGACAGUCCGGAAGUACAAGCCGCAGUUCAUCGCCCUGCACUUCCAGGAGGUGGGAGGAAAGGACUACAUGGUCAACAUGGACAAGGCAGAAAGCUUCUUUUGCAACAUAGAGUCCAGUGAGGAAAUGAAGGAGUUUGACAGGACUUGCAUUUAUGUGGACACCCAGUUCCAAGCGGAAGACAGCUUUACGGCUUUGGGCAGCAUGUACUUCAUCCACAAGACACUGAAAAAUAUCUAUCAUUAUGACUUUAAUGUUAAGGAUUUUAAAGCCGUGGUGGGACAGACCAAGUACGUGGGCUCGCUGGACGGCGUCGCCACCGUGGAGAAAGAAAAAUUCCCAAAGAAUUUCUGGCCCGAUUUCAAGUGGUCCAGAAAGGGCUACAUGAGGACCCGCUGGCUCAUACACAACCAGGGUCUCGACCUGGUCAACAUCCACCUGUUCCACGAUGCCUCAAACCUUAUUGCCCUCAACUCCAGUCCCUCCAUUUAUUCAGCCAACCGCAAGAACGCUCUCAAAUACGUCGUCAACAGGUUAUUAGAUAGCCGCUACACUGCUAUGCCCUUCUUCCUGUUCGGAGAUUUUAACUUCCGUUUGGACACGCGUACAUUAGUCCAGUUCCUGACCAUCGAAGCAGAUGUUGUAAAAGAUGUGAAAGACAGCAAUUACGAAGUGGAGAGAAUCACAUUUGAAGAAAGAGACAACGACCGCCAGAUGCUGCUGCAGAUCGAGGAGAAGCUGUUUGAGUACGUGCACCAGGCGGUUUUCCGAGAGGACAAUGGCAGAGCGCUUUUAAAGUACGACAAAGAGGUCACACCCUUUCUUGAUGCUGUCAGGGAAGAGGACAUCACAUUUCCACCCAGCUACCCCUACAGUGAGGACCACCAUAAGCCGAGGCAGUACAUGAACACGCGCUGUCCCGCCUGGUGUGACCGCAUCCUCAUGUCUCCCACUGCCAACGAUUUCAUCAACAGGAGAGAUUAUGAUGGGGAGGGUGUUUUUUACAACACAAUUGGUCCUAAUGUCUGCAUGGGAGACCAUAAGCCCGUAUUCCUGUCCUUCUCGCUGAAGACGAAUAACCAUUGACUCCGAUCCUUCUCAAUGGUGUUCAGCUGCAGCCCCACAACUCAGCCACCCUGGAUGCCAGCAUUAUUCUCUUCCACCUGCAGGACUCAUGAAACCGUCUGCUUUCAUAUGUUAUCUGAUCUCUGAGCUGCAGCUUUCUCCAUGCUGAUUUUAUUCAACAUGGAGUUCCUGCUUGCAGCCAUGUGGGCAGAUCCUUUACUAGUUCUCAACAUUUUAAUGUAAACCCUCAUUAUUGUUGUAAAACGGUUUCUAAACAUUGUGUAUAUAUAUUGUAAAGCUAUGAGCUACGAGUUCAUUUUUUUUGUUGUUGUUUCAACAUUCAGAACUCUUAACCCUCGUGCACGGGAAUCUGUUGACUUCGAAACAGAUUGUAUCUUAUCAAGAACUGAACGUCAGCCCUGUAGAUUAGAUGCGUCGGCUGCCACGCUCUGUAUACUUUAGGCAUUUGUUGUUUUCUGCCACUAUGGCAUUUUAAAAACAGGAGCGCUGCUUCUUAUUCACCUUCCUAUUGUCAUGUUUCAACCGAUGUUCUCCUCAAAUCUACCUUUAAAAAAGGCUUUGGAAUUGAAGUUUGACAUUACUGAAACAUAACACUUGACGGCCGGAAGGCUCUGAAAUUUUAGAGCAGCAGCAAAAGUAUCUAGCGGUCUUUAUUUGCUAUAAAAGAAAUUAGAUUGUCAUGAAAAAAUAUUUGCCCCCUUUAUGAUUUCUGGGGUUUUUUCUUCUUUUUUUAAAAAAGUUGACUGACAUAACUAAGAUUUCACAAAAAUGUUGUUGAUUCAGCAUUACAUGUGAUUGCUUUUUCAACAACAAGUUGGUUUUAAGUGACGUUAGAAAUGUGAUUUUGUACGUCCCUGGGUUAUGUUAAAGUUUGUCCAAUGAUCUGAAACAUUUCAAUGGGACAAAAAAGGGGGGCAGGGGAAAUGAUCCGUGAAGAAUUAAAUCCCAUUCUGCACCGUGUGACGAUGACGGGCUUUCUAUGUACUUACUGUACAUAAUACCAAGUGCUUUAUCUCCCAAAACAUCUCAGCUGUUCUCAGUCUGUCCUUUCAUCAUUACUUCCGUGCCGCGCAGCAUUCCUGCACUGGAAUGUCUCUUCUCACUCUUUUUCAAAUGCAUCUUCUUUUACUGCCAAAGACAAGAGUCAUCAUGCUGUCCUCUUAUGUUUACUUCUAACUGAAAUGCGGAAUGUGGUUUCUGUUUUAUUCCCUGACUUAAUUGAAACCUCGCAGGAUGCUGCGUAUGUGCAGCAUACACACACACUCACACACACUUAUAAAGCGUGAGGCACUGUUUAAGUUUUCUUUCUUGAUGAGUGAUUUUUAUGAUGCACGUUGUUAAACUGUAACUCCAGUGCAGUAACAUCUUUUUAAUGUGUAUGGUACCAGUUCAUGUUUUAACCUGGUUUUAAUGAUAGAAACCGCUUCUUACUGUGUUUUGCUUAUUUUUGUGGUAAGUGAUGAGGGACCUGUACACUCUCUAUUUAUUCCAAAUAUUAGUGGAAGUGAAGUUUUGGAUGUCUUGUUUGUACAGUUGGCCUGUUGCUUCACCAUAGCAAGACGCAGUGAUGAUCAAGUCUCCUUUGUCUGAACCAGUGUGUGAUAUAAUGUAAUGUUGUGACAGGAGUGGUUGGUUGAAAGGACCAGUAUUACCUUUAGUUAACUCUAGUCAGACACUACAUGUUUUACUUUUGUCUUUUGGAAAUAAAGCAUGCAAUGCAAAGUGGUUCUGUUA